UAUAGGAUGACAAUUAAUGCAGCAAAAAAUGGCUUAGCCUGGAAUGAAUCUAGGUUUCACAAAUGAAUCUAUAAAGGGAUUGGUUGAAGCAGAAAUAAAAUUACUAUAGACACCUAGGUUACUUUUCUCCCUUCAUCAUUCUUAAUUUCCUCUCUACUUUGCUGACUACCACCAUGGCUAGAUCCAAAGUGAAGCUUGCAUACAUAACCAACGAUGCUGCAAGGAGGGUUACAUACAAGAAGAGAAAAAGAGGGAUGAUGAAGAAAAUUAGUGAACUAAGCACCCUUUGUGGGGUUGAUGCCUGUGCCAUAGUGUACAAUUCACGUCAAGACGCUCAUCCUCUUGACGAGCCCGAGGUUUGGCCCUCCCGCAUGGGAGUUGAAAGGGUGAUUGAGAAAUUCCGGCAAAUGCCAGAAAUUGAUCAAAACAGGAAGAGGAUGGAUCAUGCGGAUUACUUGACUCUGAGGAUCGCUAAAGAGAAGGAGAAACUGAAGAAGAAAAGGCAUGACAACAACGAGAAGGAGUUCCAGCUUCGCAUGCAUGAUUUCAUGCUAAGAAACAGGCUUCCAGAGAAUCUGAGCUUCUUUGAUUUGAAUAACUUGGCUUAUCAUACUGACAUGAAGCUUAGGGAGAUCGACAUGCGGUUGCAGAUGCUUCUGGAAAAAGAGAACAAGGAGAUGAUGAUGGAUUUCGCGUCGUGUCCAGUGGCGGAGCUUAGUUCAGACAAGGGGUCGUCACCAGCGAUUCAUGGUCCUCCCCUUGAGAGUGGAGAGUCUAGUAGGAAGAACAUGAACCAUUUUUCAUUUAUGGAGGAAAACAACCACAACAACUACAAUAGUGGUUUUGAGAUGAUUCUUGGAAAUGCAGGAAUUAAUUAA